UUUAAACCAGCCAAUCCACAACGCGCUGCGCCCGAGUAUUUGGACGGGCGGAUGUCGGCGGUCUGCGUGUGGUGCAAGAUCGAGCCGCGGGCGAUCGUCUGCGACGAGUGCUUCAAGCCGGCGUACAUUGAUGUCAUGGAGCUCUGCUACACGUGCAAUGGUCUAUGGCACCGGCGAGGCGCGUCACUGAACCACCGUUGGCGUGAGCUUCCAGCGCCCAUGCAGCCCGCCAGUGCGCCGACAGAGCUCUCAAUGGGCCACAGCAGUGGCGCCGCACCGCCGACGCAAAGCAGCGUGCUUCGGCAAGCCGCCGAAGUGAUCGAGCUCUUCGACGAUAUCGAGGUUGAAGGCAGUGAGAAGGCGCAGCUCGACGCCAUGUGCCUGGUCGAAGAUGCGGUGCAGUGCACGGCCCACGCCAGUUGCACGGACAAACACUGCGUGUCGGCAGUGACGCACUUGCAGCACGACGCGCCGUGCUCGCCGGUUUGCUCGGCGCUCGGCGACCUCUUCCUCCACCUGGAGGUGUGCCGCAAGAGCAACAACUGCUACCGCUGCCUCUACGUCAAGCAGCGCAAGCUUUUGAACCAAGCCAUGCUGUAUUACCACUGGAGCCAAGGCCCACCCAGCGAUAUGCGCGUUCUGUCCAAGAAGACGUUCACGACCGACAUGCGCCUCCGGUUCGUCGAGGCGUGUCUGCAAUUGCGUUCGGUGCAAGUGCGCUUGGCCAAGAUCCAAGCGCCGGUUUUCGAGGCGCCGUCGCUCACGCUGCACUACAGCACGCGACUGCCCGGGCUACAAGAGCUCCAACUCGCAACCGCCAACGACCUCCUCUCGCAAUACAUUGGCGAAACCAUCGAGCGACCAAUCUCGUGGUGGCGCGAGAGCGUGCUCGCAUGUGUUGGGAUCACCGACACACCUGACGCACCGGCGUUCGCGGCGCAUCUCGCCCACGUCGCCAGGGGCUUUGUCUGUGACGAGCCCACUUGCGCGCUUGUGAUGAGCCACAAGAACCACCAGCGGCAGUGCGCGAGCAAGCGUAUUUGCAUCUAUUGCCACCUCGUCACGGUGCUCGAGCAAAAGCACAAGUGGUACACCACGCGCACCAACGUCGUGAACGCGACCGCAGCACUGAAGAAGGCGAUGACGACCGCAGGAUCCAUGGCGCUGUUGCAGACGCUCGAGCAAACGUACAAGGCCGCCAAGAAGGUGCAGCAGAUCGAGCGCGAGCGCCUCGACCUCCUGAUUCAGAUGCUCUUCCGCUUAACGCAGCCCCACACGCCGAUCGACUUGGGCCUUGAGACGUUCCAGUAGCUAAUCACGAUAGCAUUGUGUAUGUGUGUCUUGAUCCCA